UUCUUCUAAGUGGACCAAAGACAAAGAUCGCGUGUUCCGACUUCCGAGUAACAUUCAGUUUCAUAGUUCACUCUCUGUACUCUUCACUUCUUCUACGCUGCUAAAUAAGGUUCUUCUGCCACUGUGAACAGUGAAUUGUUCGUGCUGCUAUGUUCAAUGGCACCCAUCCAGAAAAAAUCGAAGACCAAGAAGAAGACCAAGAAGUUCAAAAAACACAAACAGGUGAGCCUGGUCCCCGUUGAGCCCAGAACCAGUGAGACCGAUUGGUGGGACUCUUUCUGGCACAAGAAUUCUACUGUCCCAGGAUAUACUGUACCUGGUGAUGAGGCAGAAGGGUUUAAGUAUUUCUUCAGGGUGUCAAAGACUACUUUUGAAUACAUAUGUUCCCUUGUGAGGGAGGAUCUCAUAUCAAGGCCUCCAUCAGGGCUCAUCAACAUAGAGGGAAGGCUUCUUAGUGUUGAGAAGCAGGUUGCCAUUGCCCUUAGAAGGUUGGCAUCUGGUGAGUCUCAGGUCUCAGUUGGAGCUGCCUUUGGGGUUGGACAGUCAACAGUUUCUCAGGUGACUUGGAGAUUCAUAGAGGCGCUGGAGGAACGCGCCAAGCAUCAUCUCAAUUGGCCGGAUUUCAAUCAAAUGCAGGAAAUCAAGCUUGGUUUUGAGGCAUCCUAUGGGUUGCCUAAUUGCUGUGGAGCCAUCGAUGCAACGCACAUCAUGAUGACCCUUCCGGCUGUCCAAACCUCGGAUGAUUGGUGUGAUCAAGAGAAGAACUACAGCAUGUUGUUGCAGGGAAUUGUUGAUCAUGAAAUGAGAUUUGUUGAUAUCGUGACAGGUUUGCCUGGGGGCAUGUCGGUUUCCAGAUUGUUGAAGUGUUCGGCAUUUUUCAAGCUAUCAGAGAAUGGAGAGCGUUUAAAUGGAAACGUGAAAGCUUUCGGUGGAGAUGUUAUAAGAGAAUAUGUGGUUGGUGGGUGCAGUUAUCCUCUUCUUCCGUGGCUUAUGACUCCUUAUGAAACUAAUGGGGCUAAUGGCGUAUCAGUUCCGCAGUCUACUUUCAAUCACAAACAUGGAGCUGCAAAGCUACUUGCUGUGAGGGCAUUCUCACUGUUAAAGGGAAGUUGGAGAAUCCUGAGUAAGGUUAUGUGGAGACCUGAUAAGAGGAAAUUGCCAAGCAUUAUCUUAACAUGUUGUUUGCUCCAUAAUAUAAUCAUUGACUGUGGAGACACCUUACAACAGGACGUUGCCUUGUCUGGUCAUCAUGAUUCUGGAUAUCAAGAACAAUGUUGCAAGCAAGUUGAUCCUUUGGGGAGGACCAUGAGAGAUAAUUUGGCCAACCAUUUGCGACAGUAAUGUAAUUAGAGAUGUUCAUGGUAGUUCUGAUGAUACACCUUUGUACUACUGAUCUAAAAUUUGACUUUUGGCUUUGGCAUUUUGUUGUUGAUCUUAAGAAACUGAGUUUUCCUUCCUUUUUUGGGUUGGGAAUUGGGAUUUUAUCCCCUUGUUUUUGGUUAAUGUUAAUUAAUUAUUAUUGAAAGAAACGUUGCUGAACAUUUAGCUAA